AUGUUGGAACAACUAAUACAAUGUGCAAUUCUUAUAUUUGAGGCACUUCAUCCUAACUGUGUUGGUAAUUUUUGUUUUGAUCAAUCAACGAAUCAUAAUGCAAUGGCUGGAAAUAUAUUAGUUGCAACAAAAAUGAAUCUUGGACUAGGGAAAUCACAGCCUAAGUUGCAUGAUGGCUA